CAGAAGAAAGCAGCGGAGAGAAGCAGUCCAUCAACCGAGCACAGAUGGUCGUCCUGAAGAAAAAACUGGAAGAAAAGACGACCCAGCUAGAGGAGAAACACAAACAGCUGGAAGGGAGGGAGAAAGAAAUCCUACAACAGAAGGCUGAACUUGAAGCUCAGAAGAAGACCAUCGACGCUAAAGAAGAAGUCAUCGCACAUUUCCAGAGCGGAGCGGCAAGAGCAGGGACUACAGAAGGGGGAGAGGGGGAAAUACCUGAGGAGUCUGCUAAACUGAAGGAAAUGUAUGCUCAGAUGGUGUACAAGGACAGGCUGGUGAUGGAGCUAAACAACAAGAUCCUGGAGCAUGAAAAAUCUGCACUCGACCUUCAGGAGCACGUCAAGGAGAAAGAGGAGGUCAUUCAAGGUCGUAAUAAAGCCAUACAGUUGUUGCAACAGCAGAUGGCAGAGAAGGAUCAGACCAUUACGGACCAGGGGGUGUUGGUAGAAAAGCUGACCAAGAAAGUGGAAGACAUCGAGGAGCGAAACGGUGUCCUGGUGGAACAGCUGAGAGAGAAGGAGGCGCAACUCAACACCGAGAUCGAGAGCUUCCAAACGCUACUGACAGAAACACGGCAACGUUACGAGGAGAGAUUACAAGAGCGGGAGCAAGAAGCAAACGAAAUGCAGAGUAAAAUGCAGGAGUUACGUCAGGAGCUAGCAAAGGGAGACCAGGCCGACGUUCUACAGAAGAUCUCCCGGGAGUUGGCUGAGAAGGAAGAGAUCCUGACCGGGAAGACAAAAGUGAUCGAGGUCCUGCAGGCUGAGAUGGGGGAGAAGGAGAGGAGGAUUCUGGAACAGGGCUCCAAGAUGCAGUCCCUGGAACAACAGAUUGUUUCCUGGGAGCAGCAGUAUCAACAGGUACAGUCUACCUGGACAGAUCGUCAUCAACAGGUUGUCACUCAAGCAACAGAGAACCAAGAAACGCUACAAACAGCGCUAGCGGAGAAAACCCAGGCCCUGGAACAACUCCACGGGCAGAUGGCGGAACUACGCUCCUCCUGCGAAGAGGUCAUCAACCAAAACAAGGCGCUGCAGGAUGAACGAGUCAAACUCCAGGAGGAGGUAGCGAGGAUCCAGUUUGAACGGGAAGAGCGCGAGAAAGACAUCAUCACGGAGAACGAACAGCAACAAAACUCCAUCGAGAAGUUGCAAGCUGAACUUCAGGAAAGACAACAGCACAUUAACGACAUGGCCACCAAGGCAGAGAACAAGUUCCUGAAACUGAAGGCUCAGGCCAAGUCUAAAAUCACUGCACUGGAGGAGCAGGUCAAACAACUCAGACAGUCGGAUACGCUUGCCGAUGAGGUGGCGACCCUACGUAACCGUCUAGCGGAGUUGGAGGAAGAGAAAGGUAACCUACAGAUGCAGUUAGUGGAUUAUGAGGACGCAAAGACUCAGCAAGCUUCCCUCGAAGCAAAGGUUAAAGAACUUGAAGAAGGAUCCCAAACUUUGGAGGAUAAAACACAGGAGAUGGAACAAGCUAAGCAGAAAGCUGAGUCAGAAAUGGUGACCUUGAACGAGAGUAUGGCCGCCAUGACUGAGACCAUCCACUCGCUACAGAACAUGCUCAGUGAGACAGAACAAGCCAAGGUCAAGGCUGAGGAGGAGCGAGUCGCCAUGGAGCUGAGGAUGGUCCAGGUGGAGGAGGAGAAGGAUGUUCUUGAGAAAUCUCAGCACGACUUGAAGGAGCAAGUAUCCAGUCUACAGGCCAUGUCAGCGACAGAGGCAGCCGAGGCACAGGCCGCACACAUCAGGGAACUGGAGGACGCUCUGGCCAACGCACAACAGCAUUGGCAGGCAGCAGAGAAUCGACUACACGAACUUCAGAAUGGUAACGGGAACGGACUGCUGGCCAGCACUGCAGGCGGUCUGUUUGAGAGCAUGGCUCCGCAACAAGAUGUUACAAGUCAAGUAGAGAUGCUUCAGUCUGAACGCAGCAACCUUAAAGAAACCGUCCAACAACUUGUGGAAGAGAAGGAGUCUCUGGAGCACAGACUACAGGAGGCAGAAGACAGGCUGGCCCAACUGACAACUGUCCAGGCUGAGCGAGAUGACCUCUUGCAGAAACACGAGGAACUGCAGCAGACGUCAGCAGCCUUACAGCAACAGGUGGAAGCUUUGAAGCCUGCUUCUGAAGGGAAGACUGUAGGUGAACUGGAAGAAGAACUGACCACUGUUAAACAGCAGCUUCAGGAACUACAGGAGAAACAACAGCUGGAACAAACACAGCAUCAGGAACAGGUCACCACCCUGACAGAACAGCUGCAGUCUGCCAUGAUCCAGUCAAGUUCAUUGCAGGAGCAACUGACUGCAAGGGAGGGGGAACUCCAGGAAAUGGCACAGCAGCUCAACCAGAAACAACAGGAGGUUAAGUCUUUCUGUGACAAGUUUGCUUCAAAAGAAACAGAGACAGCAGAACUACAGGUCCAACUGAGAGACAGAGAAGAAAAACUCAGCUCCCUUACUGAGCAUGUGCAGUCACUGGAACACAAGGUCCAACAGGACAUCGAGGAGGCAAACAUUCUCAAGCAACAACUGAACCUGAGGGAGGAGACCAUACAAGAAAUGAGAGCGGUCAUUGGUCAGAAGGAUGCAGAGCUGCAGAAGCAGAGACAUGACCUGUCGGAGGUCCAGAACUCCCUGACCAGUGCACAGAGGGAGAUAGAGGUUCUCAGAGAGGGGCAGACUUCAGAAGGUCAGAAGAUGGAGGCUCAGUUGACCUCUCUGCUGACCCAGCUGCGUGAGCGUGACCAGGAGGUGUCACGCCUGCAGGAGGAGGUUCUACAGAAGGGUAACGACAACAUCUCACUCCAGGCACAGUACAGCGAUAUCAGUCUGCAACUGGAGGCCAGCAGCACUACUCUCAAUGAGGCAAAGAAGACUCUUGCACAGAGAAAUGACAUCAUAGAAGAGAAGGACUCCAAAAUGGCGAACCUUGAGUCCCAGAUCUCCCAGCUGACCUCCACGCUGGAAGUGCGAACCACGGAAAGCGAGAUGCUGCUGGCUAAGCUGACGGAGCACGAGGAACGGGGAAGGGCGCUGGAGGUUCAGACCAAUGAACUGAGGACGCAAGUUGCUUCAAAAGAUGAGGAAAUGGAAGACCGGACGGCCAAGUUGAAGCGGCUACAGAUUCAGCUGGAAGAGGAAGGUGAACAAGUCUCCACUCUUCACACACUCAUCAACAAGCUCAAGACUCAACUCGCCAGCAAAGACGAAGAGAUCAAAGAAAAGACCGCCUCCGUGGAAAACCUUCAUGAGAAGGUCGCCAGAGAGGAACAGAGGGUCUUCGACAUGUCCUCCGACUUUGCACACAUGCAGGAGCUCAUGGCCGAGAAGGACAACCACGUCAUAUCACUUCAGAACCAGGUGGAAAAACUCACCAGCGAGCUGAGAAGCAAGGAGGUGUUUGGAGAAGAAAAAUGCCAAGAGGUUGAAGAACUCGGGAAAGAAGUAACCACGCUCCAGAGCUUCAUCGAGGGUCUUAAAAAUGAGAACCAAACCCUACAAGAGCUGAAGUCAAACGUGGUAGAACUAGAAACACAGGUCAGCAAGUGGAAGAUGGAGACCAAAACUUUACAAGGAGAACUUGAAACGAAAGAGCAGAGCUUCCAAGAAAAGGUGACAACAGAGGAAGGGCUAGAAAAGAAAGUAACCUCGCUGCAGGAAGAAAUAGAUGCCCUCAAGACAGAACUGCGUGCAAGAGACGAAACUGUUCAAGAAAGGAAUUCCAUGAUUACCGACCUGUCAAAUGAAGUGGCUAAACUGCAGCAGCAAAUGGAGUCUUUGAAUACGGAAAUACAAGCAAGAGACCAGAGCAUGGAAGAAAAGGGAUCCGCAAUACAAGACAUGGAAAGUCAUGUCAACAACUUGAGUGGACAGAUAGAGUCCUUGAAGGAGGAACUGAAAGACAGAGAACAAAGGAUUCAAGAAAAGACUUCGAUCUCUGAGGAGCUAGAAGUUAGAGUUGGAUCACUGCAGAAGGAGUUAGAGUCACAAAGCACCGAGAUGCAGAAUUGGGAGCAAAACGUCAAAGAAAAAGAAGCUGCUGUUGUAGAGAUGCAACAUCAGCUGCAGGAAAAGACUGGAUUGCUAGAGGAAGCUCAAGCACAGUUGCAGAACAUGGCUGCAGAAUUGCAGCAGCGGACCGGUGCAAUGGAGGAGUCACAUCAACAAGUGCAAAAUGUGACUGUUGAGCUGCAACAAGAAAGAACUGCAGUACAAGAAUUGCAGCAACAGAUGCAGAACAUCACUUCUGAGCUGCAGCAAGAAAGAUCCGCUGCACAAGAAUGGCAGCAACAAGUACAAAACAUCACUGUCGAGCUGCAGCAAGAAAGAACAGUUGCAGAGGAAUUGCGACAAGAAGUGCAGAACUUCACCGGCAAAUUGGAGCAACAGACCUUCGAGUCACAAGCAUUGCAGCAGCAACUGCAAAACGCGACUGCAGAAUUGCAGCAGCAGCAAGCUGCAUCUGCAGAAUUGCACCAACAAAUGCAGAACUUAACAGCAGAAUUGCAGCAUCGCGAGUCCACACUCAAAGACAGAGACACAGAACUACAAGACAAGCAGUCAACUCUCAAAGAACUGCAAACCAGACUACAGAAACUUGAAACAGAACUACAAGAAAGAGAAACCACCUUACAAGAGAAAGACUCAAGCCUUGCAAGACUACAAGAGGAAUCAAACAUUCUUAAAGAGGGACUGCAAACCCAGCUACAGAGCUUAAGCUCAGAGUUACAAGAACGUGAAAACACUCUAAGAGAAAAGGACUCCAACCUUCUGAAGGUGCAAGAAGAGCUAAGUAUGCUCAAAGAAGGGAUAGCUUCAAACGAGAUCCUGGAAGCCCAACUAAAUAGAACACACGCAGAGUUGAACGAAAGGAUGCAAGCACUUAGCGACAAGGAAAGGGCUGUACAAGAACUUACAGCUCGAGUUAACACACUGGAUGAAGAAUUAGAACUGAAGUCAAAGCUUGUACAGGAAACAGAAUCCUUGUUGCAAAGUUCUAAGGAAGAGAUCAGCCAUGUCAGCACUCUGCUAGCUGAAAGAGAAAGAGAUAGUCAGGAAAAAGAGAAGUUGUUGCAAGAACUGGGUGAAAAAGUUGACAACCUUGGAAAAGAGCUGGCAACAAAGGAGAAUAUUGUAGAAGAGAAAGAAAAUCUGGUACAAGACUUGCAGGUGAAACUGGACAAGCUGUCCUCAGAGUUGUCAGCAAAACUUCAAGUCAUUGAAGAAAAGGAAGCUAUGGUUGAAGAGUUGAAUAGUCAGGUGAGUACGCUUGGUGCAGACUUAGCCAGCAAGGAUCAAGUUAUAGAAGAGAAGGAUUCACUAGCACAACAACUGUCUUCCCAACUGAGCACUGUUUCAUCUGAAAUCUCAACGAUGAAACAAUCUGUUGAAGAAAAAGAGAUGCUGGCACAAGAGUUGAACUCUCAGUUGAACCAUCUUGCAUCAGAACUGUCCGUGCGAAACCAGGAGGUUGAAGAAAAGGAAAGUCUUCUUCAACAGAUGACGGCACAGGUUAGUCAGGUGACAGCCCAGCUUUCAUCACGUGACCAGGAAACUGGUACGUUGGUCCAAGAGUUGCACUCGCAAGUCAACGCAUUGACUUCUGAGCUUUCCGUGAAAACCAGAGAACUGGAAGAAAAGUCUGCCGUGUUCGAUGAGUUCAAGGUUAAGAUGGAUGCCGUCACUAGCGAGUUAAACGGCAAAGAUGCGAAGCUUGUUGAGUUGUCGGCACACUUGGAGCACAAGAAUGUGGAGUUGGGAGCUCUUCAGAUGAACGCGGGCGAACUUCAAAGCCAACUCUACGUUGCCACUCAAGAACUGAACGAGAGGAACACAGAAGUUUCACACAUGAAGACUGUUUUGGAGCAAAAGGAAGUUGAGCUUGGGAGUGCGUUACAGAAUCUUGAGAGGACAAAGGAAGACUUCCAGAACACAAGACAGGGAUAUGGUGAACAGGAGAAUCAAGUGACAAUGUUGAGGGAAGAGCUAGAGAAGAAGCAACAAUUCUUGACAGAUAUGGAAGAGAGGUGUCACAGUCUUGAAAAGGAACUGAACACCUCUAAAGAAGAGAUGGUAAAAGCACAAGAGGAACACGGGAAAGUGCAAGAAAGAGCCGGAAAGCUGGAAGAGAAGCUAAAGUUACGAAUCCAGCAGCUAAAAGCAUUGAACGAGAAAUACAAAGAAAGUCAGAACAGCGUAGAAGAGAAAGAACAGGCCAUUGCUGAGCAGGCAAGUGAGCUAGAGGCAGCAACUGAGCAUGUGCAGAAGCUGACCAAUCAGAUCAAAGAGCUGAGUGGAGCAGCAGAGCAAGUGGGAGUGUUGACCAAUCAGAUUGCAGAGCAGAAUGUAACCAUGGAAACCAUGAGGCAGCAUCUUCAGGCACUGCAGCAAGAGAAAGAAACUGUUGCUAGCAUGGAUGCCAGCUUCUCUGAAGUUAAAUCCAAGAUGGCUGAAGACCUAGAACAGUGGAAAGCACAGUACAACAAUGCUGAAGAACAGAGAAGGAUACUCACAGUACAACUGGAAGAAAGGGCUGAGCAACUGAACACAAGUAAAUUUGUUCAAGAAAAUCUCUCGGCACAACUUGAAGAAAGCCAGGUGGCACGUGAGAAAGAAGCCAAGGAGUGUGAAAAUCUGAGGAUUUCCAUUGAGAGACUUACUCAAGAAUAUCAGAAUGCACAACAACAGUUGAUGCAGGCUGCAAAUGACAUCCAAACUCUUCAGUCUGAAAAGGAGAAAAUGAUGGAAGGUCUUGAAAAGGUUAACACAGAGAAGACGACAGCAUUGGAAGAGGUUCAAAAUCUUCAGAGCUCUGUGGAAAGCCUGGUAGGGGAAAAGCAGAAGCUAGCAGAAGAUUUGACAACGUACAGUCAAGAGUUAGAGUCCACACAAAAUGAAAGAAGUGCACUCCAAACCCAGUUGGAAAACUUGAGAACAGAGAGGUCGGAAAACUGGUCCCAGGAAAUGGUGAGCAUCCAAGAGGAAUUGAGACAUGCCCGCGAUUUCUUGGAGGCAGCUCAAUCCGAGAGACAUUCGCUUGCUGAACAGUUAGAGACCAUCGCUGCGGAGAAGAAUGCACUCGAUAAGGAGAUCGCAGAGACAAGACAGUCUAACAGCAUCUUGGAAGAGCAGCUCAACAAUACUGCACACAGUCUAAAGGGGGUAACAGAAGACAGAGACAGAUUGGUACAAGAGCUAGAGUCAGUAAAGUCAGAGAGAACACAACUAGAAACAAGUUUUACAGAAACACAAGAGGAAGUGCACAGCCUGAGGUUGGAAAGAGAACAGAUUGUAGUCAAGCUUGAGACAGCAGAAACACAAAUGAGCAGCCAGACUCAGUCAGGAGAAGAACUUGCUAAACUAAAGAAGGAGAAAGAAGACGCCUUGAAAAAGGUCAUGGUGGCCAAAGGAAAGCUGAUCGAGCUCAAGAAGAAAUGCGAAGGAUUGCAGCAAGAAAAGAAGAGGAUACAGGACGAGAGAAGUGAACUGGAAGGGAGCACUAAGGAACUGAUGGAAGAAAAGAAUGAGCUUGAGAGAACGAUGACUCAAGAAAGGGAACAACUGACAAUCCUCCAGCAAAAGGUAGUGAAUGUAGAAGAAAGCAACGUUGAGCUUCAGAAAUUGAAUGUCACGCUAGAACAGCAAUUGAAAGAGGCAUCCAGAUUUGAACAGGACAGUAUAGCUAUAGGAGAACAACUGGCUACUAUGCAAGAUGAAUUCAAGGGCUUACAGGUUCAGUACAACGUUGCAAUACAAGAGAAAUCUGCUGUGGAAGAAAAACUAAAAAUGGUUCAUGAGGAAAGAACCUUUGAAGUUCACGAUCAAAAUUCAGUCCUGGAAGAUAAGAUACAAGCACUGCAGAUGGAAGUUGAAACUGCUAGGGAGCAGCUUACAGUUGUCCGAAUGGAAAAGUCCGAAUUGGAGACUAGGUUCAGUCUGCUCAGUGAAGACAAACAGCAGAUUGAGACUAAGUUGUCACAGUCGACAGAAGACAGGAUGUCUUAUGAGAGGAAACUUGGACUCCUCCAAGAACAGAACAACACUUUACAGAAAAGCUUAGAGAAGCAGCAAGAAGAGAAGAACAAGGUGGAACGUACGUUGUUGCAAGUAGAAGAAGAGAGGAACAGCUUACAGCAGAGUUUGACCAUUCUGGAGCAGGAUCGCGCUACUCUUGAAAGGAACCUGUCGCAGCUACAGUCCGACAGGGUUGAGAAAAGCCAAAUGGACGAGCUACGACACACGAUGGAAUCACAGCUCACGACUUUACGCCAGGAACGAGAAAAUCUGGCGCUACAGCUGAAAGACCUGGAGAUGACAAAAUGGCAGCUGCAGGACAAUCGUGAAAAGCUGGAGAACGAGAAGGAAGAACUGGCCAAAGAGAUGGAGCAGCUGACACAGAACAAUGAGGGCCUCUUGCAGAAAGUUGAAGAACUGCAGGCUGAGAAUCAGGAUCUUGUUGGCAACAUAGAAAAACUGAACAAUGACAUCAAGAAACUGAAUGAUCAGACCAAGAAACUUCUGCAUGAUACCCAGCAACAAGACGAGGAAAACUUAAAAUUAGGAAGAGAAAAGGAGUCCCUUUCAGUAGAAAACGAAGAACUAAAGACAAGAAUGGAAGAGUUGGUGACAGAAAAGGAUGAUUUUGAAGAACAGCUGGAUACACUUAAAUCCCAGGUAGAGGAUCUGAAAGAAGAGAAGACUUCAGCUGAAGAAGACAGUGGAAAGUUGAAGAAGGACAUGCAAAAUCUUGCAGCAGAAAGAGAAAGUCUGCAAAGCCGUUUGGAAACCCUUCAGAUGCAACUUGAAGAACUACAGAAGGCAAAAGAAACAUCAGACUUGGAAGGUGGCAAGCUAAAGAAGGAGUUGGAGAACCUUGAGAUGGAAAAAGACGGUCUUGAUAGUGAACUUGAAUCCCUACAGCUGGACUUCGACGAGCUUAAGAAGUCCAAGGACACUUCCGACCGAGAGAACAGCAUACUCAGGAACGAGGUAGAGAAUGCAUCGUGGGACAAAGGGGAGUUGGAGAACCAGGUAGAAGACCUGAAAGACCAGCUGUUAGAACUCCAGCGGGCGAAACAGACCUCAGAAUCAGAAAACAACAACUUGAAGACGGAGAUCGAAAGCCUUGUACAAGAUAAGGAAAGGCUAGACACCAUGUGUAAGAGUCUUGUUGCAGAGUUGGAAGGGAAGGUGGAUUCGGAUGCGCUCAGUAGCUUGGAGAAGGACAGGGAAGAGCUAGAACUGGUCUUGGAUAAACUGAGAACAGAGCGAGCGACUCUUUCACAAGAAAAGGAUGCGGCAAUAGCAGAGAGCACCAGACUUCAGCUAGAAGUAGAAUCCUUGCAGACGAGUGUUGAAACGUUGCAAGCUAGUGUGAAGAAACAAAAGGAAGAACUAGAUGACAUGAAACUGAGGGACAGAGAUCUAGGUGAGGAGAGAGAGUACCUACAUUCCAGUAUUGCAAAAUUCACUGAAGAAAAAGAGAUCCUGGUAGAAAGGGUUCACAAACUGCAGACUGUGAAUGAGCAGCUUGCGAAUAAGGUGACAAGGUUAGCAGAGCUGGAGGAGUUGAAUCUGAGGCUGACGAAACAAGAGGAUAGCCUCGUUGCAGAGAAUGACAGGUUAAAGCAGAUGUGUGAUGACUUAAACGGUGAUGUUCACAGCUUGGCAAACGAGAAAGACUUCCUAGCAAACCAGUUGGAAAAAGCACAACAGGAGCUCGACGGAUUGAGGGAGGAAACAAAUUCUGCAAAAGAAAAUGUCAUAAAGGAAAAGAGUGAGUGGGAAACCCGGCAAGUGGAGGUAAAGAGAGAGUUUGAGAUGCUCAGACAGUCGCACGAUAAUGGCAACGCCAGACACGAAUCAACGAAACAAGAGCUAGCUUUACUCCAGGACCAGUACUUCCAGCUGCAACAAGAGGUAGACCAGAUGCAAGCCGAAUGUGACGCUGCGAAUCAAGAGCUAGAGUCAGUCAAGGAACAGUAUGUCGCUGCAGUCAGAGACCUUCAAACAGAAAAACUAGAAGUUGCUGCAUUCCAACAGAAAUACGAAGAUUCCGUAAAUAGCAAAGAAACAGCUGACAAAGAAGUUGAGUCCAUCAGGCAACAGUAUGAAGACUUGGAAAGGAAUCUUAACGCAGUCAGAAUGCAACUUCAAGAAAAGGAAGCUGAAUUGUCAAGAUUCCAGGCAGAGAAAGUCACGUUUGAGGAACAGGUUAAGACACGAGAAGAAGAGGUCAAGUCUUUGUGGUCAAAGAUGGGAGAAUUGGAGGACAGGAAUGAGCAGCUAGCUUCACUCAAGAUGGAGUAUGAAGAAAUUGUCAGAGAGAGGAAAGAACUUCUAAAACAGACAAGAGAUCUAGAGGCUGAAGCUACGAAGAGUGCGGAAACAACUUCCAGCAUGCAGCAGUUACAGACCACCCUGGAGCAGGCGUUAGAGGGGGUCCAUCAGAGGGACAUGAGGUGUCAGGAACUGUCCAUUCAGGUGACAUCGUUGCUUGAGGAGCGGAACCAUCUGAGGAUGCAGUUUUCCCAUGCUGCUCGGGGGCUGCAGGAAAGAGAGGCUCAACUCCAGGCCCUGCAGCUCCAGUACCAGCAGAUCUCACAGAGGGAGCAGUUAGCAUUGGUGGGACAGUCAGAGCACACAUCUGAAGAGAAAACAAUAGAAACCAUGGAGGUGGAGGACACACAAGUCCAGAUACAGCAAAAACCUGUGCAAGAGGAUCCUGAGGUACACAACCUCAGUAAAAGGUUAGAAGAGGCUGAACAUGCAAGAGAAGCAAUUGCACAGGAGAUGGCCACACUAGAGUCCCUUUUACAACAGGAGCGGGACCAGAAGAUAUCCCUGGAGGACUCUCUGUUAGCUGCUCAGUCGGAAAUCAAAGCGUAUCAGAACCAGCCUCCGCCGAACAAGGAGGUUAGUUAUCGAAUCAACAUCGAUGGAGCAGAGGAAGCAGUCGAGCUCAACCCCUUCGACUACCGUGCUUUGAAGAUCACUCGGAAGAUGACUCCAUGUUGUAUGACCUUGGACAAGUGGUUACGGGGACGAAGCCUGUACCUGACCAGGAUGCUGAGGACACGCCCCUGCUGUCGGUUCAUCUCAUUUGCAUACCUGUUCGUACUUCAUGUGAUUGCUUUCAUGUUCUUUUACGCCUUCUUCUAAAGAAUCGAACAUCACCAACAUCAAAUAUCGUACAUGACACCACUUAUCAAGAACUAUCGACAACAAGAGUAUGUCCUGUCUAAGGAAUGUAAUUUCCACUCUCAUAUCUGUACCCUAAGAUUGCCACAUUGAAAAAAAGGUGAAAUUUUAAGAAAAUCCAAGAAAUGCUGCAUCAGUAUAAACUUAAAUGCUCAACAAUUGUACAAGGUAUACAAAGCUUGGAAUCUAUUGCUGUAUAAAAAACAUACUCAUAUGAGACUAAUGUACCUUACAAAGACUAUAAUACAGUAAUAUGGGAUGAGAAUGUGCUUCUACACUCAAUGGUCAAAUAUGUAGCGUUUAGGCAUUUUUUUAGACAUUGCUCUAUUGUACAAUGCAAGGGUUGUCACACAUCAAUAUGUACUUAAAUUUGGUAUUCAAAUGCAUUGAUAAAAAUCCUGGUACAGAAUAUGAUGGACUUGUAUAUAGUGAACCAUGCAUAUCAACGUAUUUGGGACACAAACUCAGAAAUUGAUAAUACAAAUCGUUUUGGUCUUCUUUUAGUUUUGGACAAACUGAACAAACCAUUACGCUUCAGACAUCUAGAUGUUCAAGUUAUUCUUGAAAAGGCCUUGAUAACACCAAUUAUUUUCUGUGGCAGUCUUAGUGCACUCGGCAGUACAAAAUGUAUUAUGAGAGUUAACGCUAGAUUCAAAAUUGUUAUGUAUAUUGUAAAUAAUGUAACUACAGAUAGAUGUAAAUGCAAAGUUAGUUUUACUGUCAGCCAUAAGAUGGUGAAUUUUAUUCCGCUAAAAUGCCAAUAUUGAAGAGUCAUUGAAACAAUUAUAAUAUCACAAUGCAAGUAUAUUUUGCUGCUUCCUGUAUAAGGCCUAUCAUGAACAGAUGAUUGUAAAGUGUUAGAAUUUGAGUUCUGAGUAUCUGCAUUAUAUGA